GAGGUUGAGUGGUGAAGACGGGGGUAUAUAAUAGAUUGAGGUGGCAAAUAGCUGGCGAGAGGUGGGGUCAGUACCAAACGCCUCUACUGCUUGCCUUUCCUCUUCCCAGGUCUCUCUCUCCUCUCUUUCUGCCUGGCUUUUCUGCUAGGGUUAGGGUUUGGGUGUCCUACUUUCUUGGUUGUUUUUGCACAGCAACUGACAUUGAAUUAGGGGUUUCGUUUUGAAUCAGAUGUGUAGUUGAAGAGUUCAGUUACUUCCAAAAAUGAGUGCUUCAAGGUUCAUUAAGUGCGUCACUGUCGGUGACGGCGCCGUCGGCAAGACUUGCAUGCUUAUCUCCUACACCAGCAACACUUUCCCCACGGAUUAUGUGCCAACUGUAUUUGACAAUUUCAGUGCAAAUGUUGUGGUGGAUGGGAGCACUGUUAAUCUAGGGUUGUGGGAUACUGCAGGCCAGGAGGAUUACAAUAGGUUGAGACCUUUGAGCUACCGUGGUGCAGAUGUCUUUCUGCUUGCUUUCUCCCUCAUUAGCAAGGCUAGCUAUGAAAAUGUUGCCAAGAAAUGGAUUCCUGAGUUGAGGCAUUAUGCACCCGGUGUUCCAAUAAUUCUUGUCGGGACAAAGCUUGAUCUUCGAGAUGAUAAGCAGUUCUUCAUAGAUCACCCUGGUGCAGUGCCCAUUACCACAGCUCAGGGAGAGGAACUGAGAAAGCUGAUUGGAGCUCCUGCUUACAUUGAAUGUAGUUCAAAAACACAGCAGAACGUGAAGGCUGUCUUUGAUGCGGCCAUUAAGGUGGUUCUCCAGCCACCAAAGCAGAAGAAGAGAAAGAAGAGAAAGGCACAGAAAGCUUGUUCUAUAUUGUGAUUGUUGAAAGUUUAGGUGUGGGGAGGAAAAGAUGACCAAGUAGACAAUUAUCAUUUUAGGUCUUACCAUCAAUCUUUUUCAUUCUCUUUCCACUUUGAGGAAGCUGCAGGCCGUGAUCUAUAGUUUCAACUGACAGAACUAGAGAGCUCCCUUAAAAGCGUCAGGUGGUUGUUUGUUGCUUUCUCGGAUGUGUUUGUAUAUCAAAGACACAUGCUAUGUGUUUGUAACAUGCACACCGCUUCAAUUUGGUUCCAGAUUUGCACAAUGUAUUAACUAGAUUGAUGAAGAUUGCUCUAUAAAAACUGAGACUGUUUCCUUU